CUAAGUAGACAUUUCCAGUUAAAUGUAUACACCAGCUAUAGGCGGUAACAUUGCGCCGGAGCAGCCUAUCAAUGCCUUGAGUUCUACACGCGACUUCUAUCAAUAUCGGGAAAACUACUAAAGGAUAGAUGCCGAAGGUAUUAGCACAGCUGGCUAACAGACGUUUGGUCUUGCAAAGUUUGUGCUAAGAACUGUGGAUCUUAUUUUUAAAUAUCGGAUGUUUUACGCACAGGGCGAUAUUAAAAUGUUUUCAGGGGCUCAUAUUUGUUAAGGGAAAUCUGAAGAUGAAUCAGUGUGCUUUUUUUAACAUUUGAUUAGACCAAAAAAGCGGAACAUUCUCAAUCUGUUUCGUUAGAAACUGAUCGUUAUUUUUAACGAUAGUGAUGGUAUUUACAUUUUCCAAGAAUCAUACGUGAAAUUCAAAGGGUUACAAUCCGGAUUUUUAUGUUUGUGGAUUUACAAUGAAUUUAACAUAUAGCUAUCAAUUCACGGAUUUAUCCGAAGUGGAGAAGGUCGAAACUACCAUGAAAAUAAUGAACACGACAGUGGGGACCGGAAGCGGAAAUAUGUCCGACAAAGGUCUUCCUCGGGAAAUGACAUUUAACGACGACAAUGUCAUGUCUGUGAUAGCAUAUGCCUGUCUCUUUCUCUUUGCAGCAUCUGGAAAUUUAACCGUUUUGGUGACUUUGUUAAAAAGUCGGCGGUACAAAUCAAGAGUGAAUACUUUUAUAAUGCACCUGUCCAUUGCAGAUUUGAUUGUGGCGUUUAUUAUGUUACCACUGGAGACUGCAUGGCAUGUUACAGUCGCAUGGGAAGCAGGGGACGCCGCGUGCCGUAUUCUCAUGUUUUUUCGCGCCCUUGGAUUUUAUUUGUCUUCAUUUGUGUUGGUGGCUAUUAGCUUGGACCGUUACUUUUCCAUUGUUCAUCCCUUAAGCAUACACGAUGCAGACAGAAGAGGAAAAAUAAUGCUCACAAUGGCCUGGUUACUGAGUAUCAUUGCUAGUCUGCCCCAGAGCAUCAUCUUUCAUGUUGAGCGUCAUCCCUUAUUCACGUGGUUUGAGCAGUGUGUGACGUUCAACUUCUUCCCGACAGAGCAGCACGAGCUGGCCUAUAAUCUCUUCAAUGUCAUCACCGUCUAUCUGUUGCCAUUGGUCAUCAUCACCACGUCAUACUCUCUCAUCCUUUACAAGGUUUCGAAAACAGCGCGAAGGGACGAAGAGGAGCGCCGUGAGUUUGGCCUGUAUACUCAUCGCUCCCACACAUAUCCUCUCUCCAGAAGUGGACUCAUCUCAUGUACCAGAGCAGGAAUCAUCGGGAAGGCCCGCAUAAGAACACUCAAAAUGACGCUUGUUAUAGUGACAGUGUUCGUCUUGUGUUGGACUCCAUACUUUUUAAUGGUGUCCUGGUUUUGGAUAGACCGGGAAUCAGCUAAAAACAUCGAUACUAAAGUUCAAAGAGGCCUUUUUAUUUUCGCUGUUUCCAGUGCGUGUCUCGAUCCAAUUGUCUAUGGAAUGUUCACGGCUGCGUUCAGGAAGGAAGCCAGGAGGUGGUUAGGCUGGUUCAAAGAUAGGUUGAACAGAAUGGGAAUAUACACAAUGACGCCGAAUACAGCGAGUGAACAAGACAAUUUCAAGUAGUAAGGCUGGAGAAACGAAUUGACUGAACUCUGCCCCAUGCAUAUUCACAAGAAGCCUUUGACCACAGAGAAUUUUUAUUGCUACGUGUGUCAGUCCAAGAGACAAUUCCACGUGUCUAUAUGAAAUUACUUUUCACAAUGAUGCGCAUUCAAAGUGAUUUUAAUGUUUUGCUUCUUUAAAAAAAUACGAUGAUACCUUUUAAAUAUAUAUAAAUCGCGAAUAAUCCAUUUAGUAUUAUUACUGUAUAAGAUGCUUUUGCUUAGUAAUUAAUGUAUUUUUAUGUUUAAUGAUAGCCUUUUAUUAAUACGCUCAUAGCUGGAAUAACAAUAAUUUCAGAGAAAGUAAAUGAGAAAUUUUCUGUCACAAAAACCCGAUUACAUCUAUAACGUGUCGUCGUUUAACAAGAAUAGAGAUUAAUGCAAAUAAAAAUCCCAUUCAUUGCAGUUCCAGCACAAGAUGAUCGGAUUUAAGUGUAGAGAAAUUGAGCUGGUUUUCUCAAUAAACUUUACAGGCUAGGGAGGUGUUAUGGGUUUAUUGAAGGGACACGUCCUUUUGGCAUGGAAUUUGAUAAGAGAAGGAUUAACUGAAAUGUUCCAUUUCAUAUCGAAGCGGUUUGUAAUGAAAAUAGACCUUUUUCCCAUUUCCGUCUUCGUAUCAGAUGACAACUUUAACUCUGAUGGGAAACGUCAGCUUUAUUUAUUCUUGUUUAUUCGUGGAAAAUAACAAUUUAUGGGAUUUGUUGACACUCAAAGUAAGAUUUCAUUGACACUGGUUUAUUUUGUACUUUUGUCCGUAAAUGUUUUCCAAAGUUGUACUUAACUUUGUUGUUUUGUUUUCUUCCAUUCGAUCUUCGGAGGAUUAAAAUUUCAAGUGCACUUCGGGCACGGACGUAUAGAACAUGUACAUGUUUUUAUUUCGCUAUAAGUAAAGUGAAUUUGGCAUAACUAGUCUAAUACAGAAUAUAGGACGAUUUUGACUCCAGAUGUGAGAUCAUACUAUGGUAUGAGUAAAGUUUUUUCUAUAGUCCGUCCCAAGAUAUUUUUGCUGCAUAUUUUCUUAAAUUAUUUAAUAUUUAUAUAUAUUUCUGGAAUCAUUCAAUAAUACGAAAAAAUCCCCAAUAUUUCACCUUUGAAACACCCCCUUUAGCUUGUCAGAUUUCAAAAUACGGCUAAAAAUAAAAAGACAAUGGGGAUUUUGCAUUACAAAAGAAAUGAAAUUACCCGGAUGAUAACUUUGGAAAAUUGUGCGAGGUAUUCCGUGUGACUUCCGAAUGAAGAAAAAAUGUCAAUAUUCCCCAUCAUAAAUCUCCGUAAGAUAUCUAUUUUAGUUCGUAUGAAUUUUCACCCGAUAUUUUCUUGGAAAUUUUCCUUUCAUCGAUUUUAAUUGAACUUUUAUCACAAAUAUGUACAUUUUUAUUAAAAAGUCUCCAAAGAGCUGCAUAAAUAUAUAUGGACAGACUAUAAACACACAGUAAAUAUAUGAAAUAAAUUAUAUAAAAAUAACAUUUAAUAAUAUUCUUUCAUCAGACUUGGCAAAACGUAAGAAAUUUGGACUAAUUUGUUCAGAUUUCCCCCCAAUAAUAUUGUUUGGCAGCUCUAUUAUAAUAAACAAACUUCAGUUUUUUCUGUAAUCUACAUAUUAGUGCAUUUAUUUGGUUUGAGCUUACUUUAAUUCUUUUAUAUAAUUGUAUGACAAUGCAAAAAUCGAUUAAUACCUAAAAGCAUCCAUGGACAGCAAAUAUCAAACAUUUCUUAAAAGUUUAUUCAUUAGUGUAAUUUUCACAAUUGCGAAAAUCUUGAUUUGACAUUGUAACAUUGGUACGGAAUUCAAGAAAUUUUUAAAGGCUACUUACUAAGAAAAAAAUGGCUUAGCUUUUGAAAACUGAAAAUAGCCCUAGCUUAAAUGAUUUGUUUACUAUUUACUUUUUUGUUUUGGUUAAACGUCAUCCUUAAUUCAAUGACUCAUCAUCUAUUACAGGGUGCUAUUUUUGUUUUGUAGAUUUUAAUACACUAGUUUAUGAAAAUAUGAAAAGGGAGAUAUAAAACUUCAAAUCUGAUGAAAUUGUUAUAAUGAUAGUCAGUUUUGAAAAUCAUUAUUUCUUUUCUAAAUAAUAAUUAAUUCGGUAUACAAAACAUUCCAUUUUUAUAUUCCUUCACUUUCUCAAUAUUAAUGUUAUUCAUGUUUUGUGUUGAUUGGCAAUGGACAAUAAAGUUCUACACAAGU